CAGUGCACCACUUUCACACUGCAACCGAACAUUAAAACUUCUGCGUGGGGGCAUUCUCGUAAAAAUUGAGAUUCCUUGAUUCACUAAAAAAGCUUUGUCCUUUACUUCUCUCCCGCUCCGUUUCCCAAAGCAUAUUUUUGCUUAAAAGUCGAUCCAUCUUCUUCUUUGCGUUUCCCCUCGUUUAGAAAUAGAAACCCUAAAGUUCUUUUAUUCAGAACAAAGACCCACCUCCAUAGAUCUCGGUCCCACCACCUUUCUCCGCCAAAAGAAAUCUAAUAUGCACACGUCCGAGUUCGGGUUUUUUUCCUUAUGGAUUCAGAGGUUGUGAUUGGUGGUAGUGGUAGUUCGGAGUCUCAUGAUCAUGACAAAUCAGUCCUUAUUGAUAGUGUGAUUAAGGAGAAUCCUGAUGUUGAUUUUCUUGUGGACGAUAUGAAUAACAACCGGUUAACAGUUUCAAGUUUCGUUAGUGAUUCGGUUACAAGCGGGAUGGUAAAUGAAGUUGAGAGUGUAGCGUGUAAAGAUGAGCAAAGAUUGUUAGUGCAGGAGGAUGAGAAAAGUUUGGUACUUGACAAGGCUAAAGAGAUUACCGGUUUGCGCCGGGAACUAGAGUUGAUAUCCGAGUUGCUUUCGGGUCAUGAGAAGGGAGACGUCAAGGACCAUGAAGGAGCUGAUCUACUGCAACGUAGUAAAGUCUCUGGUAAGCAUAUAGGAUCCGUCACGUCAAAGCCUGAGAAUUUGGAGUAUUUAAGACGGUUAUCGCGUGAAGAGUUGAUCAACCAUUUUCAGGCUGAGAUGAGUCGGUUGAAAAGAGAGCAUGAGUGCACGAUGCAAGAGAUGACUGAAGAGUAUUUUAGCAUUAAGAGAAGGUGCUUGAGACUAGAGGAGUGCCCUUCGCUUUCUUCUUUGAACAAGGACAAGGAUUUUGAUGUCCUGCGUAAGAAGAUCCCUGAUGUCAUUUCCAAGCUGGAUAAGGUUGUAUUGGAGGAAGGAAAGAACAGUGCUGAUUCCAAGAGGCUGUUAGAUUCUCUGCUUCUAGAAAACAGUCAGCUUAAAGAUUCACUAUCAGAUGUUGAGGAUUUGCAUGUUGAAGCUUCUAUCUAUGAAGAUGUGUAUGGGUCUGUUGUGGGGGAGUUUGUGAACCAGAUUCAUUGUGCAAAAGAAGAGGCUAGGAGAGAAGAAGCCUCUGCAAGCAAGGUUGCUCUUGAAGACUAUUGUGUUGAGUCCUACAUGGCAGAAGAGUACUGCGCGGUGAUAUACAAAGAAGCUUUGAAAGAAGCUGGUGAAAAGAUUGGAGAGUUGAACAUGAGUGUAUCAGAAAGAGAACGAGCGUUGAGAUGGGAGAUCGCUGAGAAAGAAAUACUGAAAGAAAAGAUUCACUCGCUGGAAUGUCUUGUUAAGGAGAAGGAGAAUGAUUUGGGUACAGUGAAGGAGAAGCUAGAGAUAGUCUUUCAACAGGUUAACAAUCUGCAGUUUCAACUUGAUCUGCAAGAAGUAGUGAUUCAAGACAGAAACAAGGAACUGAGAGUUGCUCUGGAAAAGAAAGAAGGUUAUGUUAUGGAGGUGUCCGAGUUGAAACAGAAGCUUGAGUUGGCUAGAAAGGAUAUGAAGAUAACCGAAAAUGAGAGAGUGAAGUCUGAGCUGAAGUUAUCAACAGCACAAGCAGAGCAGAAACUACUUCAGGAUCAGAUUGUAUCUACGGUUAUGAGUCUUGCUAAAUGUAGUCAAGAUGUGGAGUGUUUGGUAGCAGAAAAGACGAAAAAGAUAAACUCUAGGUUGAGAAGUAUGCAGAGCCAAUUAAAUGAUCUUGUAGAUGAAGUGGAUGAACUCAAAGUGAGAGAAUCGAUGUACAAGCAACAAAUGGAGAAGAAGACUUGUGAUCUCCAAAAGGCUGAGACUGAGGUUGAUCUUCUUGGUGAUGAAAUCGAUUCUCUCUUGGACCUCCUUCAGAAAAUAUAUAUAGCUCUUGAUCAUUACUCACCAAUUCUGAAGCAUUACCCUGGCAUUAUCGAGAUCUUGAAGCUUGUCCAGAGAGAAUUGAGAAGAGACUCAAAGAGAUUAUCAGUUUUCUGAUCUAGUCUUCAUAUAAAUCUCUUUUCUCACAAGUUUCAUUGCAUUCCCUGUUGUCCAAGCCAAGUAGGUAUUUUUUGUAACCCAGAGAUAUAAUCAAUAGCAAGAAUAGGUGUUGACGAUUGU